AUGGAGACCCCGAUUGAGUUAUCACGGGAUGACUUAACAUGGUAUGGACAUAAAGGAUCGGGAUCCAAAUUUCUGGUUAACUCUUUUCAGCCAGAGAUUUCACUGAAAUACAUCAUCACCAAUGCCGAUACUCAUCGAAAUAUAUUUCUCACUGAAGUGCAAGCUCUCAAACGAUUGACCCAUCCAAAUAUUGUACAAUAUCUCGGAAUAGGCAGAUUUAAACAAAAAGAGACAAAUGAUUGGGCUGAAGGGAUCUUGAUGGAGUUUUGCGAGCGAGGAUCUCUGUCUCAUUUGCUGGACAAACCAACAAUAAUUUACACGAUUCACACGGUGCGGCAUGAAAACGAGAUUGUGAGAAAUGCUCUACCAAUUGAGAAUCAAACUGAGACUCGCCUGAUCAAACCGAUUGGAUUCGAUCGAACGGAACAGAAGAUUUCCGUUUGUCAUAAUGACAGCCUCAAUGGCAUACGAAUUGUGGACUACACCUCCAGAGAAAGCACAAGUACAAAUCCGAUUCAAGACAAAAACUUGAACAACUUGAGCUCAAGGUUGAUUUACUACAAACUCAAGAACAGGAAACUCGCCGAAAACUUGCAUCAUAUGAACAAAAAUAUGCUUAGAGCGCCAAGCAAUGAUAGUGGCUACGUUGGCACUUCAACUCUGACCAGUUUUGCGCAUGCUGGGCCACGGGUUUUGUCGGAUUCGCCAAAGGCAGAAAACUCGUCAACCUCAACUGUGCAUCCCUCGCAACCAUUAUCGAGAGAUUCGUCGCUCUCAUGUGGAUCACUUGGUAAA